AUGCCAGCCCCUGAGCAGACCCCAAUGGUGGAGGAAGGGCUGCCGCAGACAACACAGGAAACUUCCCCAGGCCCAGGCAUGGAACCAGAGGCCACUGCCACUACCAUUUUAGCUUCUGUGAAGGAACAGGAGCUUCAAUUUCAAAGACUUACCAGAGAACUGGAAGUGGAAAGGCAAAUUGUGGCUAAUCAGCUAGAAAGAUGUAGGCUUGGAGCAGAAUCACCAAGUAUCGCCAGCACAAGCUCUACUGAGAAGUCAUUUCCUUGGAGAUCAUCAGAUCCUCCGGCCACCAGUGUAAACAAACCUCGAGUGCCGGAGAGUGUUCAUACCAAUGCCUAUGAGGUCAGGACAGAGCCAGAGCAGCAGAACCUCUAUUCACCAGAACAGACAUCUCUCCAUGAAAGUGAGGGGUCUGUGGGCAACUCCAGAAGUUCAACACAAAUGAAUUCUUACUCUGACAGUGGUUACCAGGAGGUGAGCAGUUUCCAUAACAGCCAAAACUUGAGCAAAUCAGAAAGCAGACAGCAGCAUUCCCUUAUUGGAACCACUAAUAACCAUCUGGCGAGGAGCUCGCGAGCUGAAGGGCAGACGUCAGUCCAGCCUUCAGUAAAUAUUGCUACCAACAGAGUCAUGAGACGUGUCAGUUCAGUCCCGUCCAGAGCCCAGUCUCCCUCUUACGUGGUCAGCACGGGUGUUUCCCCUUCGAGGGGGUCGCUGCGCACAUCUCUGGGUAGCGGGUAUGGUUCUCCAUCAGUUACUGAGCAAAGAUCCAUUACUUCUCAUGCGUAUUCAUCCACUACGCUGCCAGUACAGCGGGCAGCCUCCCCGUAUGCUGCGCAGAGACCUGCGUCCCCAACAGCCGUGCGGCGGAUCGGGUCAGUUACAUCCAGACCCACGGCAAAUCCCAACGGCGGGACUGCCCAGUACCAAACCUCGGUCAGAGUUGGCUCUCCUCUUGCCCUUACCGACGUACAAACCAGAGUAGCUUCUCCAUCCCAAACUCAGCUGGGAUCUUCUUCCCCAAAGCGUUCCAGCAUGACUGCAGUUCCACAGCAUCUGGGAACGACACUGCAGAGAACAAUUCAUGAUAUCGAACAAUAUGGACAGCAGUAUGAGAUCUAUGAGAGAAUGGUCCCCCCGCGCCCAGACAGCCUUACAGGCCUGAGGAGCUCAUAUGCUAGUCAACACAGUCAACUAGGACAAGAGUUACGGUCAGCUGUGUCUCCUGACUUGCACAUCACCCCCAUCUAUGAAGGCAGAACAUACUACAGUCCAGUGUACCGCAGUCCAAAUCACGGAACAAUUGAGCUGCACCAGGGAUCCCAGUCGGCGUUGUACCGGACAGGCUCAGGAGUCGGAAAUCUGCAAAGAUCGUCCAGUCAGCGUAGCACACUCACAUACCAAAGAAAUAACUAUGCUCUGAACACAACGGCUACCUAUGCGGAACCCUACCGGUCGAUGCAGUAUCGCCUGUCAGAGGCCAGCUACAACAGGCUGCAGCAUGCAGCGCCCGCCGACGAUGGGACCACGAGAUCUCCUUCCAUAGACAGCAUUCAGAAAGACCCCAGGCAAUUUGCUUGGCGAGAUCCCGAGCUGCCGGAGGUCAUCCACAUGCUUCAGCACCAGUUCCCCUCGGUCCAGGCGAACGCAGCUGCCUACCUUCAGCACCUCUGCUUCGGUGACAACAAAGUGAAAACUGAGGUAUGUAGGCUGGGAGGAAUCAAGCACCUCGUUGAUCUCCUGGAUCACAGAGUGCUGGAAGUUCAGAAGAAUGCUUGUGGCGCACUGAGAAACCUCGUGUAUGGAAAGUCUACUGAUGAAAACAAAAUAGCGAUGAAGAAUGUUGGUGGGAUACCUGCCCUGUUACGGUUGUUGAGAAAAUCUGCUGAUGCUGAAAUAAAAGAGCUUGUAACAGGGGUUCUCUGGAACUUGUCUUCCUGCGAUGCAGUAAAGAUGACAAUCAUCAGAGAUGCUCUGUCAACACUGACAAACACUGUGAUAGUGCCACAUUCUGGAUGGAACAGUUCUUCCUUCGAUGACGAUCAUAAAAUCAAAUUUCAGACUUCCCUAGUUCUGCGCAACACUACAGGAUGCCUGAGGAACCUGAGCUCCGCCGGUGAAGAGGCUCGGAAGCAGAUGAGGUCUUGCGAGGGGCUGGUGGAUUCACUGCUGUACGUGAUCCACACGUGUGUGAACACCUCAGAGUACGACAGCAAGACAGUGGAAAACUGCGUGUGUACGUUGAGAAACCUUUCUUACCGUUUGGAACUGGAAGUACCUCAGGCGCGCCUGCUAGGAAUCAAUGAACUGGACGACUUGUUAGGAAAAGAAUCCCCCAGCAAAGAUUCAGAGCCAAGUUGCUGGGGGAAAAAAAAGAAGAAGAAAAAAAAAACUUCGCAGGAGGAUCAGUGGGAUGGAGUUGGCCCUAUACCAGGAUUUUCCAAGUCUCCUAAAGGGGUGGAGAUGCUCUGGCACCCGUCGGUGGUAAAGCCGUACCUCACCCUUCUCGCAGAAAGCUCCAACCCAGCUACUCUAGAGGGCUCUGCAGGAUCUCUCCAGAAUCUUUCUGCAGGCAACUGGAAGUUCGCAGCAUACAUUCGAGCUGCUGUAAGAAAAGAAAAAGGACUGCCAAUCCUUGUGGAGCUGCUGAGAAUGGACAACGACAGAGUAGUUUCCUCCGUGGCAACGGCCUUACGGAACAUGGCCUUGGACGUGCGGAACAAGGAGCUGAUUGGUAAAUAUGCUAUGCGAGACCUGGUUAAUCGACUUCCCGGAGGCAACGGUCCCAGCAUAUUGUCUGAUGAGACUGUAGCAGCAAUCUGCUGUGCUCUGCAUGAGGUCACCAGUAAAAACAUGGAGAAUGCCAAAGCCCUCGCCGACACUGGAGGAAUAGAAAAGCUGGUGAACAUAACGAAAGGAAGAGGUGACAGAUCGUCCCUGAAAGUUGUCAAGGCAGCCGCCCAGGUACUGAACACAUUAUGGCAAUACCGAGAUCUCCGCAGCAUUUAUAAAAAGGACGGAUGGAAUCAAAGUCAUUUUAUAACACCAGUGUCAACGCUAGAGCGAGAGAGAUUCAAAUCGCAUCCGUCUUUAUCAACAACAAAUCAACAGAUGUCACCUGUCAUACAAUCAGUUGGCAGCACGUCCUCAUCACCGGCUUUAUUAGGAAUUAGAGAACCCCGCUCUGAAUAUGAUAGAACGCAACCUUCUAUGCAGUAUUACAAUAGCCAAGGCGAUGUCAUUACACGUAAAGACAUAUAUACUGGUUCACCAAUUUACAUCAGUUCCUAUUCCUCACCAGCAAGAGAACAAAAUAGACGACUACAGCAUCAGCAGCUGUACUACAGUCAAGAAGACACCAACAGAAAAAACUAUGAUGCCUACAGGUUAUACUUGCAGUCCCCGCAUAGCUAUGAAGACCCGUAUUUUGAUGAUCGACUUCACUUUCCUGCUGCUUCAGAUUACACAACACAAUAUGGACUGAAAUCAACCACAAAUUACGUAGACUUUUAUUCCACCAGACGAUCUUCUUAUAGAGCAGAACAGUACCCAGGUUCACCUGACUCCUGGGUGUAGCAUCAGAGAGAAGAACAGCGGUGUCGUUCUCAUUGUGCUUGAGAAGAAAUGGAAUGGCCUCAUGUGUCUUGGUUAUGAAAUGUGAAAGUGAAAUAAAAGAAGGAACAAGGAA